CCCCACCCCCACCCCAUGCUGUUUCAGGCCUCUUCUCAUCUGCCUCAGCAGUUGAAGUUCACAACAUCCGAUUCCUGUGACCGGAUUAAAGAUGAAUUCCAGUUGCUCCAGGCACAGUAUCACAGCCUGAAGUUGGAAUGCGACAAGCUGGCCAGCGAAAAAUCGGAGAUGCAGCGCCAUUACGUGAUGUAUUACGAGAUGUCCUAUGGCCUCAACAUUGAAAUGCAUAAGCAGGCUGAAAUUGUCAAGCGGUUGAAUGGCAUUUGUGCUCAGGUUUUGCCGUAUCUUUCGCAAGAGCACCAACAGCAGGUCCUGGGCGCCAUUGAGCGAGCCAAGCAAGUGACCGCCCCAGAACUGAACUCCAUCAUUCGGCAGCAGCUUCAGGCUCAUCAGCUGUCCCAGCUCCAGGCCCUCGCCUUGCCCCUCACCCCGCUGUCCGUGGGCCUGCAGGCUCCCUCCCUCCCCGCCGUGAGCGCCAGCACCGGCCUGCUUUCCCUCUCUGCGCUGGGCUCCCAGGCCCACCUCUCCAAGGAAGACAAGAACGGGCACGACGGGGACGCCCACCAAGAGGACGACGGGGAGAAGUCGGAUUAGGCGGAUUUCGUCCGGUCGGGGGCAGAAGGCAGGGCAGGGCGAUCCGGGGAGCAGAAGAUGCUGUAUUUAAUCCAGUCCGGGGGUGGCGGGCAAGCAACAGCUGUUCCGUGGGGUGGGGGCGAAAAAAUAGUUGCAGCAAUAACCUUUUAGCCCCUCCCUCCUCCUCUUCCUGCCCCUCCCGCGUCACAGCCCCUUAGUGGACCAGGGUUGCAUGGACAGUCCCCAACAUCCCGAGUCAGUGACACUGCAUUUGUGCACGGGCAUAUGCGUGCAUGUGGGAGGUCAGGUGGGGAAGGGGCCUGACCCCCUCCCUUUCUAUCUCUCCCCCCCCUUUAAAUUAAUUCCAAAAGAGGGAGCUGGC